AUGUUCUACAUAAGAGCAUCUCCAGCCAAGGAGGUAAACCGGGUUGCUAAACCCGCGCGGAUAGCAACUCAAUUAGGACCUCUAGCAACCCGCGCGGCUCUGCCAAACACCCAAGGUUGCUAUUAUAACUACCAGAGGUCUGUGAACCUCCAUUACCCGUCUUCCCCCGGCAUAGCCUCCACAUCACCACAAUACUCCUCCAUCAAGCGCCACAUUACUCCUCCGCAUACUCCACAAACUACGAUGAACACCCAGUUCCUUGAAAAUCUCCUCGAAUCGCAGGCCAUCGCCCUUGCCACUACUCGACAAGUUCAAACGGUCCUUUCAGAUACGGUAAAUGUCAUACUCAACCAGGACAAUGAAGAGAGCAAUCAGGAAACGUUGGUUCGUGGCGGAUCGAGGCCUGGUCGUCGUGCAAACUUGAACCAUGGCUUUGAGGAAGGAUAUCAACGAUUUUACAAAGACUACCUUGCCCCAGAACCUGUUUACGUGGAUGAUCUUUUCCGCCGUCAAUUUCGAAUGCACCGGGGCCUUUUUUUGAAGAUUGUCGAUGAUUUAACCGAGCACAACCACUACUUCAAGAGGAAAGCCGAUGCAUUAGGUCGAUUGGGUCUUUACCCCGUUCAGAAGGUUGCCUCAGCGAUUUGGAUGCUUGCCUACGGGGGCGCGGCGGACAUCAACGACGAAUACUUUUGA